GCAGCUAUAAAGCCAGGCUGUAGUUAGGGAGGAGCCAGUUCCUGCUAACACCACAAUGCCGAACAUGUUCACCUCUGUGGCUUUGAUGUGCAUGCUGGUGGCUGCAGGUGUGGCUCUCCCAGGUGGCUACCAAUCACCCUCAUACAACGUGCCCACCCCCUACACCUUCAACUAUGGAGUCACCGCCGGCAACAACAACUUCGGCCAACGCGAGAGUGGUGACGGACGCAACGUCAGGGGCAAGUACUAUGUGCACCUUCCCGACGGCCGAGUACAGACGGUGGGUUACUGGGCUGACGGCAGCGGCUUCCACUCUACUGUGAACUACCAGGGCACCGCUAGUCAUCCCGGCAGUGGUUAUGGCUACCACUAACACCAACCCACGCCAAGCCAGCUCCUCCUGGAUUUACCCACGAUCACCAAACUUUAAACAACGUCUUUUUUUUUUAUUCACUGGAUACACAGAUUUUAAUUGAUCUUUGUGGAUCAAACAUUUUACCAAGCAAGGUUGACCAGACCAGACUAGCCAAUGAGUUUUUCCACAUCAUGUUGCACCAGGUCUUGACUCUGUAUAUUAACAUGAUGUUAAUAAACGUAUAAUCAAUUUA